AUGCUUCAUCGCCUGCCCAAAAUCUGCACGGCGGCUAAACGCUUUGAUCAUUCUUCAAAACAAAUCUCGACAUCAUCAAACAUACAUAGCCGCAAUGGCCUUCAAUUUCAGACAAUCGAGAAGUCUAGUCCCGCACCGUUGUCGGUUUUACCAACAUCCGUCUUAUUGCGGUCACUCUUGGUUUCGAGCGUCACCUCUAAACCCUACCUCCUCAGCCCCUCACUUUCCAUCCUCUCCUUUCUUUCCCAGCCGGACAGGCUCUCUCUCCUUAGCGUUGAUAGAAAUCCUUUUCUCCGCUGGAUCGUCAAGCGAUUAUUGUACGACCAGUUCUGCACUGGUGAAAAUGCAGCAGAUGUGAAGAAGACUAUGAGCCAGAUGCAUAAAUUUGGCUUCUUGGGCGUUAUCCUCACGUACGCUAAAGAAACCACUUCUAACCACAAGACCAAGAAAUCAGAAGUGCCAGGUUCUGCUUCGCUAAAUACUCAUAAUGUUGGAAAGGAAAAGUGUGCGGAAAUUGAGUCUUGGAGGGCAGGCACCCUCCAGACAGUUUAUAUGACUAACAAUGGGGAUAAAAUUGCUUUGAAGUUGACUGGAGCGGGUCCUAUCGUAACAGAGGCUCUCGCAGCCGGCAGUAUCCCACCAAAACAAAUGUUAGAUGCCCUUAACGACAUAUGCCUAGCGGCACGCGAGACGAAAGCUCAGAUCAUAGUCGAUGCCGAACAACAGCGAUUUCAGAAAGGUAUCGCUCGUACAGCAGUGAUGUUGAUGCAGCAUUACAACACGGAGAAGUUGCCAUUGGUAACACAAACGUAUCAAUGCUAUCUAAAACGUACACGCGAGUACUUAGCGAAAGACCUUGCCAAGGCCUCUAAAGAGGGCUGGUCGAUCGGUGUCAAGCUUGUGCGAGGUGCAUACAUGACCACAGAGGAGCGGUCGAAGAUCCACGACACGAAACAAGACACAGACAAUGCAUACGAUGGCCUCGUCAGAGACCUUCUGCGUCGCAAUUGGGAAAGCUUUGGAGGGCUAAGAAGCUCCGGUAACACGCAUUUUCCGGAAACGAGUGUAUUACUGGCUACACACAACAAGAAGAGUGUCAUGGCAGCCCAUGAGCUGCACCAACAGAUGGUGAUUGAAGAGGGCGCUAAGGCUGUGCCGCUGGAAUUCGCACAGCUACACGGCAUGGCAGACAGCGUGAGCUUUUCCCUCUUAGGUGCUAAGAAUGCGCAGGGUGAAGCACCACAGGUAUCCAAGUGCAGUACCUGGGGAUCAUUGGGUGAUUGUCUGCCGUAUCUACUACGGAGAGCAGUUGAAAACCGUGAGGCUGCUUCACGUACACAAGAUGAACUUAAUGCACUCUGGGCGGAGGUCAGACGGCGCAUGUACUCAUUUGUCAGACUUUAG